AUGGAAUCCAGUUUUGUUCCUCAGGCACCAGUAGCAUCCACCACCACCAAUAAUAAUACAAAUGUCCCAGGCGUCACGACGCCUGGUAUAAUACAGACACAGGAUACAACGAACCUGCCCGUACCGCCCCCAGUAGAGGCGACGGCGGAGGAACAACGUCAAUAUAAGAUACAAUUACUUCUACAUAUAAAUAGCGUGCUAUUACUUCGUGUAAUACACAUGAGUAACGCAGCAACAACAAACGGGAACAACAAUCCUAAGUACCCAGAACAAUUGCAAGCAUUCAUAUCACACUAUUUAAAAAGAGUACAUGCUAAUCUUCAGUGCAUAUCCCAGAUAAAUCAAGGUGUCACCAAGACAAGACCGUUAAUAUUUGAUGCUCCCCCCACAACGGGACCCCCGCAGGCGCAACAGCAGGACAUCCUCUUGAAACUGUAUCUCCUAAUGAACAGAGUGUUUGAAAUAUGGUGA